AUGUCUUCUUCCUCGGAUCAAAAUCAAACCGUCAACCUCAAUACUCAGCCUUUUUCCAUUGCUUCCAUGCCUCUUAUUGCCCUAAACAUCACUGCCCAAAUAAUUGAAAAAUUGACUCCCUCCACCUUUCCCCAUUGGCGUGCUCAAUUCGAAGUACUCCUCAUCGGCUAUGAUUUACUUGAUUAUGUAAAUGGUGCUGCCGUUUGUCUCUCCUCCAAUGGCACUUCCUCUGUCGAUUUGAUCAAAACCCUUUGGGUUCGACAGGACAAGCUUAUUUUAAGUGCCAUCCUAGCUUCCACAUCUCCCACAAUCACUCAUCUCAUAGCCAUAGCCAAGACCUCUCAUGCCGACUGGAAAAAACUUCAUAAUCUCUAUGCAAGUCGUUCAAGGACACGAACUAUGCAAUUGACGGAGGAGCUUACCUUGAUUCAGCGGGGAAACCGAUCCAUUCCCGAUUACUUGCAUGCGGUCAAGGCAUUGGCUGAUGAAAUCGCCAUUAUUGAUCAUCCGAUUUUGGAUGAUGAUCUAACCCUUUAUAUUUUGAAUGGUUUAGGUCCUGAUUUUAGGGAGAUUGUUGUGCCAAUCCAAGCACGGGAGACCUCGUUGGCGUUUGAGGAGCUACACGAUCUGUUGGUAGGACACGAGUCCUAUCUACGGCGUUUGGAAGCUGCAACCUAG